UGGCUGCUCCAGAAGCACGGUGAUCCCGUAAAAAUAAUGGCCUCUCCCACACACCGAUCUGUGCUUUAAAACGAGAGCAACCAGACGGGGCGGAAUCCUUGGUGAGGCCAAUUUACCCAGAACCCCGGAAAAAUCUGAAAUGGAUGAGGUUGCAGGACAUUUGGAGGCGUGGUCUUUCUGCGCUGUUGAGCUGAAAAUGUUGCCGUCUUUGAAUUUGGGGCCUAACCUGGCAUCAGCAGAGCCCAGAGACUAUCAUGUGUAUUGACAACUUUCAAUUUGGAUAAGAAACCGCUUGUUUAGGCCAUGUAGAAGACUGUUGGCAUGCUAGUUGGAAUGGCUCCAAUAGUUGACCUUGCAAAACUCUUUCAGAUUCAGAGAAUUUCCUUUGUAAAAACAUCAAGGGAGGUGUCACAGUUUUCCAUUUAGAUCAACAGCUUCAAAUUCUUACCAUGGAGAAUUCAGAGAAGACAGAAGUGGUUCUCCUUGCUUGUGGUUCCUUUAAUCCUAUCACCAACAUGCACCUCAGGUUGUUUGAGCUGGCCAAGGACUACAUGAAUGGAACAGGAAAAUAUAGAGUGAUCAAAGGCAUAAUUUCUCCUGUUGGUGAUGCAUAUAAUAAGAAAGAGCUCAUCCCUGCUCAUCACCGAGUUAUCAUGGCAGAACUUGCCACCAGGAAUUCAAAGUGGCUGGAAGUUGAUACUUGGGAAAGUCUUCAGAAGGAGUGGACAGAGACUGUUAAGGUGCUAAGACACCAUCAAGAGAAACUGGAGGCCAGUAACUGUGACCACUCACAGAACUCACCUGUGCUAGAGAGGCCUGGACGGAAGAGGAAGUGGACUGAACCAAGACAAGAUUCUAGCCAAAAGAAAUCCUUAGAUCCAAAACCAAAAGAUGUGCCGAAGGUCAAGUUGCUGUGCGGGGCAGAUUUACUGGAGUCCUUUGGUGUUCCCAAUUUGUGGAAGAGUGAGGAUAUCACCCAAAUCGUUGCAGACUACGGACUCAUAUGCAUUACUCGGGCUGGAAGUGACGCUCAGAAGUUCAUCUAUGAAUCUGACGUGCUGUGGAAGCACAGGAGCAACAUUCACCUGGUGAACGAGUGGAUCACGAACGACAUCUCGUCCACGAAGAUCCGGAGAGCCCUCAGGAGGGGCCAGAGCAUCUGCUACUUGGUGCCAGAGCUUGUCCAAGAAUACAUUGAAAAGCAUAAUUUGUAUAGCUCUGAGAGUGACGACAGGGACGUGGAGGUCAUCCUAGCUCCUCUGCAGAGAAAUACUGCAAAAGCCAAGGUGUAGAAGCUCUACAGUGGGUAUUUUGGACUUCUCCUUUUUGGGGGAUUUGAAACAAUCUUGGUAUUAGCUGUUGGGGAAAAGGACUGUGAUCCUGUUUCAUAAACUAAAGUUUAAAAGUUUGGUAAAAAUCAGCAGUAAAUUUAAAUCAGGGGUUCUUUUUUCUUUUUUUUUUUGAGACAGAGUCUUCCUAUGUCGCCCUCUUGGUGUCACAGCUCACGGCAACCUCCAACUCUUGGGCUUAAGCGAUUCUCUUGCCUUAGCCUCCCAAGUAGCUGGAACUACAGGCACCCACCACAAUGCCCAGCUAUUUUUCUGUUGCAGUUGUUUAGCUGCCCCAGGUCGUGUUCGAACCCGCCACCCUCAGUGUAUGUGGCUGGCACUGUAACCACUGUGCUACGGGCACCGAGCCAAAUCAGAGUAUUUUUUAUUUUCUUUUUAUUGGAAGUUGCUAAGAUGAAUGUUUUCAGUAUAUGUUAUUUAUUUUUUUAAAAAGAUUGUUCGGAUCUCUUUCUCUUUAAAAGAAGAAAUUGGCAAUACACUAAAACCAGAAGAAUUUUCUUUUUUUUUUUGAGACAGAGUCUCACUUUAUCGCCCUCUGUAGAGUGCUUUGGUGUCACAGCUCACAGCAACCUCUAGCUCUUGGGCUUAGGUGAUUCUCUUACCUCAGCCUCCUGAGUAGCUGGGACUACAGGUACCCGCCACAACACCCAGCUAUUUUUUGUUGCAGUUUGGCGGGAGCUGGGUUCGAACCCCCCACCCUCGGUUUAUGGGGCUGGCAGCCUACUCACUGAGUCACAGGCACCGCCCAAAAAAAGCAGAAGAAUUUUCAAUGAAACUAGCUGCAGCAACUUGGACUUCACCUUACAAAAGCAAACAAUGUAACCUAAUCCUAGGUACCCUAGGAUUUUUUUUUUUUUUUUAAUUUGAGACAGAGCCUCAAACUAUCACCCUAGGUAGAGUGCUGUGUCAUCACAGCUCACAGCAACCUCCAACUCCUGGGCUCAAGCGAGUCUCCUGCCUCUGUCUCCCAAGUAGCUGGGACUACAGGCACCUGCCACAAUGCCUGGCUAUUUUUUGGUUGCAGCCAUCAUUGUUUGGCAGGCCCGGGCUGGAUUCGAACCCACCAGCUCAGGUGUAUAUGACUGGCGCCUUAACCGCUUGAGCCACAGGCGCUGAGCUGGUACCCUCAUAUUAAUCCGAAAUUUAAAAAAAAGAAACUAGCAAUAAGUAAGAAAGUCAUUGACCCAAAAAAAAACUUCGCAAAAAAAAAAAGAUGAAUCUUGACUCUGACACAUAAAAGAAGCAAAAUGUGAAAAGCAAAAGUCCAUUUAAAAUUCUAACUUUAGCCAGUGCAGUGACUCACAUCUGUACUCCCAGUAAUUUAGGAAACUGAGGCUGAAGGAUCACUUGAGCCCAGGAGUUUCAGACCAACUUUAGCAAUGUAGUGAGUCUCUAUCCAAUAAAUAAAUAAAUUAGCUGGGCACGGUGGCCUGUGCCUGUAGUCCUAGAUACUUGGGAAGCUGGGGCAGGAGAAUCCCUUGAGCCCAAACUCAUCUGGAGUUGGAGAUUGCAGUAAGCUAUGAUGACAAAACUACGAUUUAGCCUGGGCAACAAAGUGAGACCAUGUCUCAAAAAAAAAAAAAUCCUAACUUUAUUUAUGAAUGGAACUGGCAUUACAUUUCACGCUUAUUGCUGGGUAAUCUGCCCUGAGAGGGUAAACAAAGGAAGGAAUUCUUAAAAUGCCAAUCUUGUUUUUUUUUUUUAUUUUCACUGUUCUUCACACAAUUUUAUUAGUCCCAGCAAAUAGAGUUUGGUUAAUAAAACUAAAUAGCUGCAAUAAUCCCCACCAUCCCUAAAAGACAGUCCUAUGCAGUAUUACUUUGCAGUAUUUUCCAUCCACAGAGGUAUCUGUGUCAGAUCCUUCAAAUCUAGCUGACCUGUGACUUGCUUUGACCAAUAGAAUGUGGCAGAGUGACACUGUGUCUCUGAAGCCUAAAUGUCAAGAAGCCUUAUAGCUCUCACCUUCUUGGAACAAGGUGCCACCAUGUGAAAAAAUUUGGUCUAGCCGCUGCAGGAAAAGAUCAUGUGGAACUCUGAGGGAUGUCACGGUUCGCUCAACUAGCUCCAACUCAAGCUUUCAGAUCACCGCAGCAGCCACAUUAGUGACCUCAGGCCAGGCAACACCAGCGGAAGAACUGCCUUGCUCUAAAGAGAAAAAAUAAACUGGUACUUGUUUUAAGCCACAAGAGAUAACUGAUAGACAAGCUUCAUUCAUUAUCAUAUUUUUAUGUUUUCCAUUCUAUAUAAAAUGCCAAUCUUGUAAAUUGCACCAUCGAUCAGUCAUCUCCAUCUACUCAAAAAAAAAAAGGUCAUGAAUACGCCCAGCAGAAAUGUUCCACCAAUAUUUAGUUUUCUGUGGCACAUAUUAGAAUGGCUGAUAAAGCUUUGGCAAGAGAUACCUACCUGGAGCUUGACGUUUUGCAGUAGGGAGUUGGGGCCAAGCCCUCCCAUGUUCAGAAAUGUGCACAGGUAUUUCUGAUGCCUGUCAGAGGUCAAGAGCUGCUGCCUUACACAUUAUACACAUUCUUUUUUUUUUUUUUUUUUUUUUU